AGUGACCGGGGCGGUGCGAGUUGCCCAAACAUCCCGCCCGCUUCGCACGCGAUGUCCUCCCCGAUCUGGAACCCACGGGCGGCACCGGCACCCCGCCCCACCGCCCUGUCGGGACCCCCCUUCUCCUUCGUCCACCUCCUUUCAGCCUCCCCACUGGGGACACGCAGACGGCUUUCACGCCCCACGAGCGGGACGGGGCAGGGGGUGCUUAGCCCUGAGAUGGAUGUGUGAGGGCAUCUGGGUUAGUUAUUUAGGAGUUUGAACGCACGUCAGCUUUGAUUAGGCUUCGGUCACGUGACGGGAGAUUACCAGGCCAAUCAGGGCAAGCGGCGAUGCAUAUAAAGCAGGAGCGAAGGGCAAGCGGGUACCUGCGGGAGGAUCGGGCCCCGAGGUUUGUGCAUGUCAGCAGUGAUGAAGGCUGUGAUGUCGCUGGUGGGAAGCCAAGGCAUUGUCUCAGCCACCGAGGUCCUCCUUGCAGCUGCUGUCUUCUGCCUGGUCUUCCUGCUCAUCCAGUCCCUCCAGCAGCACGUGCCCCAGGGGCUGAAGAGGCCCCCAGGACCCAGAGGCUACCCCAUCCUUGGCAAUGUGCUGGAGCUGAGGAAGGAUACGCACCUGGCCCUGACCAGGCUGAGCCAGAAGUACGGGGACGUGAUGGAGGUCAGGAUCGGCACCCGGCCCAUCCUGGUGCUGAGUGGGCUGGACACCAUCAAGCAAGCCUUGGUGAAGCAAGGAGAAGAGUUCAUGGGGCGCCCCAACCUCCACAGCUUCCAAUAUAUUUCAAAUGGGCAGAGCCUGGCCUUCAGCCCUGACUCUGGGGAGGUGUGGAGAGCCCGCAGAAAGCUGGCCCAGAAUGCCCUGAAGACCUUCUCCAUCGCCCCCAGCCCCACCUCUGUUUCCACCUGCCUCCUGGAGGAGCACGUCUCCAAGGAGGCUGACUACCUGGUCACCAAGCUCCUGCAGGUGAUGGAGAAGGAGAAGAGCUUUGAGCUUAGCCAGUACCUGGUGGUCUCUGUGGCCAAUGUCAUCUGUGCCAUGUGCUUUGGCAAGCGUUAUGACCACAAUGACCAAGAGCUGCUCAGUGUGGUGACCUUCAACAAUGAAUUUGGUGAUGUGACUGCUUCUGGUAACCCUGCUGACUUCAUUCCCCUGCUCCUGUAUCUUCCCAACCCCACCAUGCAGCUCUUUAAGGAUCUCAACAGGCGUUUCAACAUAUUUAUACAAAAAAUUGUCCAGGAUCAUUAUACCAGCUUUGACAAGGGGCACAUCCGGGACAUUACAGAUUCACUGAUUGAGCACUGCCAGAAGAUUGCAGAGGAGGAUGCUCGUGUCCCCCUCUCUGAUGAGAAGAUCAUACACAUUGUCAAUGACCUCUUUGGGGCAGGCUUUGACACUGUGACAACUGCCUUAUCCUGGAGCUUCAUGUAUGCUGCCUUGCACCCUGACAUCCAGAAGAAGAUCCAGGAAGAACUAGACCAGACCAUCGGCUGGGAGAGGAGACCGAGGCUGUCGGACCGGGUCGCACUGCCCUACACAGAAGCCUUUAUCCUGGAGGUGUUCAGGCACUCUUCCUUCCUGCCCUUCACCAUUCCACACAGUACAACAAAACCAACGGUACUGAAUGGCUAUUACAUCCCCAAGGAUACCUGUGUGUUUAUCAACCAGUGGCAAGUAAAUCAUGAUGAGAAGCUUUGGAAGGACCCUUCAGCCUUCAGACCUGAGCGGUUCCUCAACGCUGCAGGGACUGAAAUAAACAGGACAGAGAGCGAUAAGGUGAUGUCUUUCGGUUUGGGGAAGAGGCGAUGCAUCGGGGAGUCCAUCGGCCGGUGGGAGGUCUUCCUCUUCUUGGCCAGCAUACUGCAGCAGCUGGAGAUCAGCCUUCAACCCGGGGUGGAGGUGGACAUCACUCCUCAGUAUGGACUGACAAUGAAGUACAAGAAAUGCAAGUGCUUCCAGAUUAAGAAGCGUUUCCCCAUGAAGAGCUCUCCAUAAGCUGCAAGAGGAAGCAUCUUUCUGCAGAAGAAAGCCAGCCCUUGGAAUUAAACACUAAGCCUACUUUUUCUAAUGCUCUCUAGAAGCCAGCACAACCUCUCACUGUAUUAUUUCACUGGAGGCUUGUUCAUCUCAUGUAAAUGUGAGUGGGGAGGGAUAAAGCUGUCUUUGUCAGGCUCCUCACAGCCCCACUAAGCAGCUCUGUUGCUCUUGCCUGCAGGAAAGCUCACCAGAGCUCCAGCUCCUUCACCCUUCUUGGGGAGAUUCAGUAAGACCGAAGCCCUGUGGUGGAGAGGGGGGUGUUUUGGGCUGAGAGAAGUGGUGUGAGAUGUUGGUAGGGAUGUCCUCACACUGCCCAGUGCUGCAGGCAGAGAUGGAGCUGCUGAAGGCAGGUCCCUUUAUUGACCAAAUAGGAAUAAACCUUUUUCCCAAGAAACCCAGCCAGCCUUUUCCCACAAGGUGAAAGUUUUUCAGGCUCAUUUGGCAGAGCUGUUUGCAAAGCCUUCAGCUCCUUGUGCCGAUGAGAAUGGGCUCUCCCUGUUCUUCCAGCUGCCUUCUGAAGAGCUCUUGAGGCAAUGCAGAGGCCAGACCUACCUCUGCACCAGCGCCCAUCUCAAGUGGACCUGUUCUGGGUGCACCCUUGCACAGCUAAAUUCCCUGAAUGUAAAUUCAUCAAAUGAAUACCUGAGUGUUUCUACUAAUCUUUGGUGGCAGCCUAAUAAUAGGUGAAAAAAGAAAAAAUCUAUAUGCAUAAGUGGUGCUGUUCACAAAUGUAGGAUAUUAGCUAAACUCCUGAUGAGAAGCCUCCUGGAAAAUAUCAAAGGACUGAGAAUAAGGGACAAGAAGCCAUAGGAAGCACGGUAGAACAUUUCUGACUUUCAGACUAUGUAUUUGCUGUUUUCUAUCUACUUUCUUCUUUUUCGCAAAGAAUGGAUUUCUAUGAAAGAAGUAUUUGAGGACUGCAGGAGACAUACUGCCUUAUGUUGCAGUCCACCUUAGCCAGGGUGAAGGUGAAUUCUCCUGGCAAACAGAGCAGCAGUUCCUGCUUGUUUGUAUCUGUGUGGAAUGCAUCAUGUGCUGGGAUAUCAACUGCAUUUUAUU